AUGCAGCACCAGAGAAGGCUCCUGCAGCACCUGUGGAAGAAGGUAGAACUCCUGCUGGUCUACACGUCCGCAUCAGAACCCAUUGUUGAAGAAGUGAUCGAGGCCACAGAAGCAGAGGAAGUUUCUGCUCCCCUACCAGAGCCUGAGCCUGAGGUUGUGGAAGAACUUGAGGUGGUUGAGGAGGAAGAAGAGCCGGAGGUGGAUGAGCCUGAAAUCAUUGAGGAAGAGCCUGAGGUUCUGGAGGAGGAAGAAGAGCCGGAGGUGGAUGAGGAGGAAGAAGAGCCGGAGGUGGAUGAGCCUGAAAUCAUUGAGGAAGAGCCUGAGGUUCUGGAGAAGGAAGAAGAGCCGGAGGUGGAUGAGGAGGAAGAAGAGCCGGAGGUGGAUGAGCCUGAAAUCAUUGAGGAAGAUCCUGAGGUUCUGGAGGAGGAAGAAAAGGCUGCCCCUGUGGAAGAGGUCACCCCAGUCGAGGAGGAGAAGGAAGAGGAGGAGGAGGCCGCCCCAGUCGAGGAGGAGGAGGAGGCCGCCCCAGUCGAGGAGGAGGAGGAGGCCGCCCCAGUCAAGGAGAAGGAGGAGGCCGCCCCAGUCGUCAAGGAGGAGGCCGCCCCCGUUGAAAAGGUAGAGGAGGCCGCCCAAGUCGAGGAGGAAGUCGCCGCCAUUGAGGAGGAAGCCGCACCAGUUGAGGAGGAGGUUGCUGAAGAGGCUGCCCCGGUUGAAGAAGCGGAUUCUCCCACAGAAGAAGCUGUUGAGGAGGAGGCCGCACCUGAGGAAGAGGUCGCUGAGGAGGAAGUUGCUGCAUCAGUUGAGGAGGAAGUCGCUGUUGAGGAAGAGGCUUCACCCGCAGAAGAAGAGGCUGCCCCCGCAGAAGAAGAGGCUUCCCCCGCAGAAGAAGAGGCUGCACCAGUUGAGGAGGAGGCCGUGGAGGAGGAGGCGGAAGAGGCAGAGGAGGAGCCAGCAACAGAGGAGGAAGAGCUGGUAGAAGACGCAGCAGCAGAAGAUUCAGAACAAACAGAAGAAGCAGAAUCAGAAGCUGAGUCAGAAGAAACUCAACAGAAGGAAGGUCUUCAGGAAGAGUUUGCAGAGGAAGAAGCUGAAGUAGAUGAGCUAGAGGAGUUGAUAGAAGAGCUUUCCCAGGCAGAAGAACAGAUGGAAGAUGAGCCAACAGAAACGUAGAGCCUGCAGUCUCAGCGCGGUAAGACUGAU